AUGAGUCGACUCACACAGGGAGGGGCAAGGAAAGACUUGACCACAAUGGGAAAACAUCAUUCUGGCCGUCUUGCUGCAAUACUGGUGUCUCUUCUUUUCUUUGCAAUUAGCUUGGUGUUCAAUGGGCUGGCUGUUGUAGGAGUUGGUCCCUUUUCGAGCACCACAGGCAACGUGUCUGAUGUGUAUGACACUCAGGUCACACCCUCGGGAUGGACCUUUAACAUCUGGAGCGUCAUUUACAUCUGGCUGAUUGCAAUGCUUGUCUACAUCCUCACUGGUCUCUGUAGAAAGAAUGGCUAUGGCUAUGUUUACUGCAAACCUGCGGUGUUGCCUUAUGGAUUCUUUAUCAGCUGGUGCCUCAAUAUGUGCUUCAACAUUGGCUGGCUGCUCCUGUGGGACAGAGGGUUGAUGAUUGCUGCGUUGGUGUUUCUUCUCCUGGUUAUCUCUACUAACUAUGCCAUGAUUGGCUUCUCCUGCCACGGGCUCCAUAUUUAUGGCCCCUGGCUCAAGAAAUACCACAAAGCAGACUUGUGGCUCCUCCGUGUGCUGGUUCAGAAUGGUGUGGCUACAUACACAACAUGGACAACUAUUGCCACUCUAAUCAACCUGACGAUUGUCCUGUCUUAUGAUGCAAAGAUGUCCCCAACGGACGCUGCCACCAUCUCUCUAUCCAUUUUGACAGCGGUGUUACUGCUGUGGUUUUCUGUGGAAAACUCUGUCUUGGAUAAGCAUGUGCGCUACAUCCUGACUGUCUACCCUGUCGUGAUCUGGGCUCUGUCCGGGAACCUGGACAAAAACUAUGAUGCUGCGUCUCCCAGCCGCAAUGGCAUCUUCAUCGUUGCACUGCUGGCUUUAGCCUGUGUGCUGUUUGUCUGUCGAAUUGUGUUGGUGGUUUGGAGGCACAUGAACCAGCCACUUUACAGCGACGCCAGCCCUGAGGCCAUGUCACCCAUGGAGGUUGCAGAGAAGCAGAGGAAGAUAUUUCAGUAA